GAGUAAGCAAGUUUUCACCGAGUGUCAACAGCACAGAUUUACACGAGCACGCGUAUACUUACACAUGUAUAUUGAUGUAGAAAUGCGUAAUAACGCGCGGCAUCGUAAGAUCCUAAUGGACUAUAUCAAUUACUGACGAAUUGUUUUGGAUUAUUCUAACGGAUUAUCAAAGAGUUUAGAGAAAUAUUCAAGUCAUGUUUUAUUUAAUCUGCCUUCUGUGUCUCGUCGCCAUCUCAGAUGCUGUCAUGGAUCUCACCAUGACCUCCAACAGGGCCACGUACGCUCAUCAUUUUCGCCUCUCCUGUAUCUCUGGUGAGCGUGACACCGAUGGCAUUCAGCUGAACAUCAAGAAAGACAACAGCAUUGUUCGUCUGCUUAAUCCACCUAAUUUUAUUGUGGAGAGGCCACAGGCUAAAGAAGUGGUGGCCACUGGAUUUGCAGGCUUUGACCACAUUGGUUUUUUUUUCUGUCACUCAAAACGAGGAGCGGACCAUCUUGCCAAUGUUACACUAAUAAACAACAAUGGUAAAGGUCAUUUUCGACCGAUGAUGAUCACUAUGACGGCCAGUAAAGGUGAAAAAGUGCAUCUAACCAUGGAGGUCCUUGGAUCAGAAAGACGAGACAUUCAAUGGAAAUUCAAUGGUAACUAUUACUACAUGACUCCAAUAGCUGACGUUCAUAACAACACAGCAGUUCUGGAGCUAGAGAAAGUUGAUGAAACCCACGCUGGGAUCUACGGUGCUGGCUAUGUUGGAGACAGUCCUCUCCUUAGCGCCUGGAUGCGUCUCAUCAUUCGCGAAUGCCCAAAUAACAAAUGGGGCUCAGAAUGUGAUAAGGAUUGCCCGGAGUGCUUGAAUGGGGGUGUGUGCCAUGAUAAAAAUGGAGACUGUGUUUGUCCUCCAGGCUUUAUGGGAAUGCGCUGUGAGACAGCCUGUCGUGAAGGAAUGUUUGGUCGGAACUGCCAGGAAUCCUGUAAAUCAGAUAAUGGUUGCCAGGGCUUGAGUUUCUGUCUCAUCGAUCCUUACGGUUGUUCCUGUGCCAGCGGCUGGCAUGGACAUCGCUGUCACAAACCCUGUCCCGAAGGGAUGUAUGGAGCUGAUUGUCUUUUAACUUGCAACUGCAAGAACAAAGGGAAAUGCAACCACUUUAGUGGCUGUCAGUGUCCUACAGGUUGGAGAGGACAAAAUUGUGAGAAAUCAGAUCUUGCACCAGAGAUUUUAGACAUGGCCAGUAACCUAGAGGGGAACCUGAACUCCAGCCAUAAGAUUACAUGUUCUGCCACAGGCCAUCCUCUUCCCAGCCACAUGAGCAUUGAGCUACGCAAGCUGGAAAGCACUGUGCUUAAGGCAUCCCACACUACUAUGGACUCAAAAAAAAGCACUGCUAUUUUUGAGAUUGCACGCUUGUCUGCAGAGCACAAUGGUGUAUGGGAAUGUCGCGUCUCCACCAAUGGGGGGCAGGACUCUCGCAAGUUUACCUUAACUGUGAAAGAGCCACCCUAUCCAACCACUGCUCCUAAACUUCUGAGGAAGAGCAGCAAACAGCUGGUGAUAGAGACAAAUAUAGACACUUACGCCGGUGAUGGUCCCAUUAUUUCCACUAAGUUGUUUUACAAGCCAAUGGAUUCGGUGGACUCCUCCUGGUCUUCCAUCAUAGUGUACAGCAGCGAUCCCAUCACACUGAUGAACCUGAAGCCCUCAACCAAAUACCUUGUGCGUUUACAACUCACUCGACCUGGGGAUGGAGGACAGGGUCCUUUGGGUCCAGAGGCAUUAAUGGAGACUGACUGUCCAGAGCCCACAGCUAGGCCGGAGAUUGAUUCCAGAUCGGUGGAGGGCCGUAAUGCCACCAUCAGGUGGUCCAUGAUUGGCAGAUCGCGCAAGGCCACUGGCUUUUUAGUGCAGCUCUACGGAUCACAUGAAGAGAAGCUGUGGGAGGAAACCACUUCGCUUAAUGUACUCUCCACCAAGCUAUACAACCUGGAGUACCACAGGGACUACCAAGUGGUCGUACUGCUGGUAAACUGUGGCAGCCAUGGGCCCCCCUCAAGGCCACACCAUAUCCGCAUCUAUAAGCAGGGCCCUUCUUCGCCACGGAACGUUCAGGCAGACGCUUUGUCCAUUAGUGCUGUCAGGCUUCGCUGGCAACCACCUGAGGACCCCAAUGGUGGUAUUGUCAAAUACAGCAUUGAAUACCAGCCAGUAGGCCGGGGCAACUUGCACCCUUGGGUGGACACAGAUGAUGGCAACAAAACUACAAUGGAUGUGACAUCCCUCAACGAAAGCACCUUGUACCAGUUCAGGGUGAGGGCUUUCUCCAAGGGGCCAGGGGAAUGGAGCACAUUUGUAAAAGCCAAGACGCUAGGAAACGCAAUUGCUAGCUUUAUUCCCACCACUCAGCAAGUUGGGAGGCCAAUGGCUGAGGAGCAUCAGCUACUGUGGGCUGUGGUUGGGUCUGUAGCUGUGACCUGUAUGACCAUCCUUUUGGCUCUCCUGGCUCUCUUUUACAUCCGUAAAUCCGUCCUAAAACGAAAACGAACGUUUACCUAUCAGUCUGGAUCGGGAGAAGAAACUAUCUUACAGUUCAACUCAGGAACUCUCACGCUGACCCGACGGCCAAAACCCUCACCGGAGCCCCUCACCUAUCCCAUACUGGAAUGGGACGACAUAAAGUUUGAGGACGUUAUCGGAGAAGGGAAUUUUGGUCAGGUCAUCAAGGCCAUGGUCAAAAAAGACGGGAUAAAAAUGAGCGCUGCUAUUAAGAUGCUCAAGGAGUUCGCCUCAGAGAAUGACCAUCGGGACUUUGCUGGUGAAUUAGAGGUCCUGUGUAAACUCGGCCAGCAUCCCAAUAUAAUUAAUCUCAUUGGAGCUUGUGAGAACAGAGGUUACCUUUACAUUGCCAUUGAGUUUGCACCUUUUGGUAAUCUCUUGGACUUUCUAAGAAAGAGUCGCGUCCUAGAGACCGAUCCAGCCUUUGCAAAGGAACAUGGCACUGCAUCCACGCUCACCUCACAGCAGCUCUUGCAAUUUGCUGCUGAUGUUGCAACUGGCAUGCAUUAUCUUAGUGACAAACAGUUUAUCCACAGAGAUUUGGCGGCCAGGAAUGUGCUUGUGGGAGACAAUCUAGUUUCAAAAAUUGCUGAUUUUGGGCUCUCGCGUGGGGAAGAAGUGUAUGUCAAAAAGACAAUGGGAAGGCUGCCUGUGCGAUGGAUGGCCAUCGAAUCACUAAACUACAGUGUCUACACCACAAAGAGUGACGUUUGGUCUUUUGGAGUUCUUCUCUGGGAAAUUGUUAGUUUAGGUGGGACACCAUAUUGUGGGAUGACCUGUGCCGAACUCUAUGAGAAACUGCCUCAGGGAUACAGAAUGGAGAAGCCCAGGAACUGUGAUGAUGAAGUGUAUGAACUGAUGAGGCAGUGCUGGCGAGACAGACCCUAUGAACGGCCGCCGUUUUCACAAAUUUCUGUCCAGCUCAAUAGGAUGCAGGAGGCCCGCAAGGCCUACGUCAACAUGGCUCUCUUCGAGAACUUCACUUAUGCUGGAAUAGAUGCUACAGCUGAAGAGGCCUGACUACCAGCCCCCCCAGACCCAAGCCGGGUUCACGGCCCAAGGGAGGCUCAUCGCAGCAGGGCUUCACGCUACUGCCACUCCCCUGUGGUCAGGUUCCAUUCCUCAAAGAGACACUCCACCAAGAUCACAUGGCUAUAGAGAACAGACUGUGAAAGGACACUCCUGUGAUUCUCUUUUGCUAGAUUCUGGUUGGAUAUCUCAGGACUAGAGACAUACUGGAAAUGGGACUCAAGGGGAAAUGGAACCUGCAAUAUGAGCUACAUAAUGUAGCAGGCUGGGUCUGUGGGGAUCUGGACUGUGUAUUAUCUGGACUCGUUUUUUGUUGGGAGAAUCCUUUUGUGAACUUGUUGAUAUGGGCUGACAUCAAAUGCGGUUCAGUCCAUGGACAAAGGUGCCAGUAUUUUUCAAUGUAGCACUUACUAAUGGAUAUAUGAAGAGCUCAGAUGCGAAAGCCGAUAAACGCCACCUAUAUUGACCGAAUGUGCUCAACAGGUAUUAUACGCUCAUCAGAUAAUCUUGUUUGUUGGCAGAAUCCGUUAAACACCACAACAUUUUCUAAGCAAAUUCCUUUAAGUGCACGGAAUAAGAAUUGAAUGAACAAUGGAGCGUGGACGUCAUGGUGCAAAACUUCUUUACCCGGUUAAAGAUGUUUAUAUACAGUAUUAAGAUAUUGACCUCUAUUGAGUUUUUAACCUUUAUACAGAAAGCACAAUCGACAGUGACUCAUGACUUUUUUAGAAGUGAAGAUUCUAGUGGGUUUUGCAGCGAAAGAUUACAUACAGUUACACACAAACUUUCUGCCAAUCUCAUGUUAAUAUCUCCAAAGAGUCUUUUGUGUUGUCAGAUUUAUAAAAGACAUAAAAGCCUUUCCGUUUUUUUUCUGUAAAAGGCAGAACUCUUGGAAGCGUACUGUGGGAGGAGAUAAAGAGUUACGAGUACAACACAGCUGUCAGAUUUUGAUUUACUUUCGCCUGCGGUUCCGACUCCUGAAUGGGGUCUUUUUACGCUGGGACCGCUCCAUCACUCAGUUGUAAAUGAUUGGCAAAUCCAGUGUCGAACUGGGCCUUGUUUAUAGAAAUGCAGGUAACAAACAUAAACCCAUUCGCAAUUACCUUGCUGUCUGCGCAAAACAAACUGCAUCCACUGUUGUCUUAAAGGAAAACAGCACCGUUUUUCAAUAUUUUACUAUCUGCUUACUUCAACUUAGACAAAUUAAUACAUCCCUAUCUUUAUUCAAUGCGUGCACUUAUUCUUUGUACAGCACGUUGUGAAUGUGUUAGCAUUUAGCCUAGCCCCAUUCAUUCCUUAGGAUCCAAACAGGGAUGAAUUUAGAAGCCACCAAACACUUCCAUGUUUUUCCUAUUUGAAGACUGUUACAUGAGUAGUAAGUAUGGUGGCACAAAACAAAACGUGGCGAUUUUUUAAGCGGAUAAAUAUGAGAACUAUAUUGUAUGGCGGAAGAGCACUUAGUUUGCAGUACUUCAACCUCGGCGUGCAGUAACAUCAUCACUCCUAUUUCUCCCCUCUCGAUCAAACUUUCGUCAAUAUUACUGAGCACGAGGUCGCCUUACAAUAUAGUUCUCAUUUUUUAUCCGCUUAAAAAAUCGCCAUGUUUUAUUUUGUGCGACCAUACUUCCUUGUGUAAAUACUCACAUAACAGUCUUUAAAAAUGGAAAACAUGGAAGUGUUUAGUGGCUUCUAAAUUCACCCUGUUUGAAUCCUAAGGAAUGAAUGGGGCUAGGCUAAAUGUUAACACAUUCAGGAUGCGCUAUAUAAAGAUUAACUCUUUCCCCGCCAUUGACGAGAUAUCUCGUCAAUCAAGAGAAAACGCUUCCCCGCCAAUGACGAGUAUUUCCGUCUUUCCGCAAUACCGCUAUUAUCUACUAGGUGGCGCCCUUCCGCAACUUUUUAAAACCGGAAGUAUUGCCCUAUGGCAAGCUGCUGCAUGUCCGUGUCUGUUUUAAAGAUCGCUCUGAAUGGGAUCUCUAUGAAAAGUCCAUCACAAAAAUUGAAUUAUCUCAGCUUUUUGCUCAAAAUGUGGUGUUUUUGCAGAAACCUACCCAUAUUCAAAAGCUGAUUACAAAAGAACUACUGAAGGUAGGAUGAAACGGUUUUUUUUUUUUUUGAAAGAAGAGGGACUGUUCUUUCAUAUGGUAUAUUGUAUGUUUAUAUAUUUGAAGAAGAACAUUUUCUAGAAGGCAUUAAACUUUUGGGAAAAUCAUGAAAAACGCUGGCGCUGGCUGGCAACUUUUUUAAAAAACGCUGGCGGUGAAAGAGUUAGGUGUAUGCAUUGAGAAAAGAUAGCUAUGUAUUAAUUCGUCUAAGUUGAGUUUCGAUUAUUGUUUCGAUGCCGAUACCAUGUCAAGAGUUUCGAUUCCGAUACUUUUUCGAUACUUUCCUGAAAAGGGAGAAACACUCUCAAAUCUCAUUGUUGUGCUUAAUUUUAAAAACGGGACAACAUACUAACCAUAUAACUCACUAUAAAAUGAACAUAUGAACAUAUAUUAAAUAUUUAAGCAAAAUAAGUCAAAAUACAAAAUAAAUGAGAGCAAUGGCAUUCAAGGUAAAAAAAAAAGAAUAAUUUUAGCAGCGAGUAUUGUUUUUUUUUUUUUGUAAACUCUGCGAACACCAGCUGCGCGUUGUUUUUUCACAGCAAUGAGAUUUGAGUGUGUUCUCCCUUUUCAGUAAAGUAUCGAAAAAAGUAUCGGAAUCGAAACCCUUGACAUGGUAUCGGCAUCGAAACAAUAAUUUUGGUAUUGUGACAACACUAGUUCUUACCUCAAUUUAGACGAAUUAAUACAUAGCUAUCUUUUCUCAAUGCAUACACUUAAUCUUUAUAUAGCGCAUCCUGAAUGUGUUAGCAUUUAGCCUAGCCCCAUUCAUUCCUUAGGAUUCAAACAGGGAUAAAUUUAGAAGCCACCAAACACUUCCAUGUUUUCCAUUUUUAAAGACUGUUACGUGAGUAGUUACACAAGGAAGUAUGGUCGCAUAAAAUAAAACGUCGGUAUUUAUCAAAAUAUUGAUAUUUUUGACAACACUGAUAAGAAGAACAUAGUAAAAUAUUGAAAAAGGUUGUGUUUCCCUUUAAAACAGGGUUACUUGGAAAGCUGAAUAAGGUUUUCUUCUCCCUCCUUCUAAAAACACACUUCUUUCGCCGUGCUAUUGUUGAUUCUUGUUAUAUAACAAAGUUGUCACGUGCAGUGAUGCUUGUGACUUCUACUCAAAGGAACAAUGCUAAUGAUGAGUGUUCUCACUCUGAUUGACGUGUGGGCAGGCUUUUCCAGAGGAAGUGCCCAUAAAAGGAAUAAGGGGUCCAUGAUACGUAAAAGUUAAUCAUCACUUUCUGAACUGCUUUUUUGAGACGUUGCCUUUGUUUAGCAUGAGAAAUACAACUCUUUAACUGUAUUAAUAAGUCAGAAUGCAUGAAAUAUUGUUAACCGCCCAAAUAGAAAUGAAAUGACUAAAGUGACAUUUGACAUUUAAAAGAAAACUUUAUUAUUUGCAUUUGAACUUUUCAUAUACAACAGUGUAUUUUCCUUAUUGAAAUUUGUGUCUUAAGUGCAUACUGUUUAGCUUCUGUUUAUCAUGUGAUGUCUAUAAGUAGUGAUGUGUAUGACGUAUGUAUGAGAUGCAUUAGCCGUAACCAUACUGAAUGUUAGACAAUGUGUUUACUUUGAUAAAUAAAGCUAAAUCUAUGUGGUGACGGGUCUCAUCACAGAGAAGUGCCAGGCGUAGGGACUAUAAUGUAGAACAUAAAGUACUGGUUCUUUCGCUCUCAGUAGUGGGGUUGAGGUCAGGCUUCUUCCCUGCUGCAGCUUGCUGAUCUGUCAAAGAUAUUUCCUCCUAUUUUGCCACAGGCCCAGGACCUGUCAGUCAGUUUCCUCUGACUCUCACACACUCACACUUUAAUGAAAACAGAAAACAUUUUCUUGCUAGACAAGCCUUGCCUUUAACAACUUGUAUGGUUUAUUUUAGCAUUCGUUACUGCUAAUAGGUCUGUUUGGUUUUUUGCUUUGUUUUUCAGCACCACAUUGUGGUUUUCUCUCUUCUGCAUCCCAUGACUUGUAUGUUAAAGAAGGUUAAAAAACUGAAGCCAAACGCAUAUUUUUUAUUCAAGACAUGAUGUUCAUUUCUACAUGCAUUUUAACAACUAUCAUGAAUUAACAAAUUAGCAUUAACUUAGAAAGAAUAAUAAAGUUUUUAACCAAAUA